UGGUCGGUGAGUAAUCCUGCCAGACUCGUUUAGUCAGACGGUCCCUAACUGGAGGAGGCAGGCUGAGUAGCUGAUGCUGGGAUCGCGGAGCGGCAGCUCCGUCAGUCCGUCGCUGCGGUCCAUCAGAGCGGAGCGCCUUGGUCGGUCAGCGUCGUCGCCAUCCUCCCAGCCUCCGCGGAGCCCAGCUGGCUGGAACGCUGCUCCGUGGCGCCAGAGACGCGCUGCCGCCCGCAGCCAGCCGCGACGACGACAGCGUGGGCUCUUCGUGGACAUGAGGACAUCUCCCAAAAGAUUGACCAUGACCUGCUCCUCGCUGACUAGUCGCUCCCUCGCUGAGGUACCUCGCUCCUCUUUGGUUUCCCCACGCCCCGACGCCGGGAUGAGAUAAUAAAGCCCAGCAGCCGACGCAUGCUGCUACACCUCCACCUCUGUGGCACCCGUAAACCCACGCCGACCCCGCCCCAUCCCCUCCCAGAGUGACCGCUUUUAACCCCACCCCCCCUCCCCCUCAGAACCAUGACCACCCCGGCUCUGCUGCCGCUGUCGGGCCGCAGGAUACCCACGCUGUCGCCGGGCGCCUCCUCCUUCACGCACCACCGGGCGACGUUGAGGCUGUCGGAGAAGUUCAUCCUCCUCCUCAUUCUCAGUGCCUUCAUCACCUUGUGCUUCGGGGCCUUCUUUUUCCUCCCGGACAACUCCAAGCACAAGCGCUUCGACCUGGGCCUGGAGGACGUGCUCAUCCCGCACAUCGACUCGCCCAAGGAGGGGAAGCACGGCUCGGGCCAGGUGAUAAUCCACGGGCAGGGAGGACACGACGAGAACAGACACAGGGAGGAGGAGGAGAGCCUACGCAACAAGAUCCGCGCCGACCACGAGCGAGCGCUGCAGGAGGCCAAAGAGAAGCUGCGCAAGUCUCGUAAGGAGCUCAAGGCGGAGAUUCAGACAGAAAAGGCUAAAGUUAUCGAGGACCUGAAGAAGAAGGAAGCGGGGCCUAAACCGUUACCGCCCGUCCCCAUGCCCAAGGUGGUCGGCGUCAGCGACGGGGAACCGGCCGAGGCCGACGUCAAAGAAAGGCGGGAUAAGAUCAGAGAGAUGAUGAAACAUGCAUGGGACAGCUACAGACAAUACGGCUGGGGUCACAACGAGCUGAAGCCCCUCGCUAAGAAAGGACAUUCAACAAAUAUCUUUGGUAACUCUCAGCUUGGGGCGACCAUUGUGGACGCCUUAGACACGCUGUACAUCAUGGGUCUGCAUGAGGAGUUCAAGGAUGGCCAGGAGUGGAUCGAGCAGAAUCUGGACUUCAGUGUGAAUGCCGAGGUGUCAGUGUUUGAGGUCAACAUUCGGUUCAUUGGGGGACUCCUGGCAGCAUACUAUCUCUCUGGACAGGAAAUGUUCAAAGUUAAGGCAGUCCAGCUGGCUGAGAAGCUCCUUCCUGCCUUCAACACCCCCACCGGGAUCCCCUGGGCCAUGGUCAACCUCAAAAGCGGCGUGGGUCGUAACUGGGGCUGGGCGUCGGCCGGCAGCAGCAUCCUGGCCGAGUUUGGGACCCUGCACAUGGAGUUUGUUCAUCUCACCUAUCUGACAGGAAACCCUGUUUACUAUCAGAAGGUAAUGCACAUCCGGAAGCUGCUAGCUAAGAUGGACCGACCCAACGGGCUCUACCCAAACUAUUUAAACCCUCGCACAGGCCGCUGGGGCCAGCAUCACACCUCGCUCGGUGGACUAGGGGACAGUUUCUACGAGUACCUCCUGAAGGCGUGGCUCAUGUCUGACAAAACUGACACAGAAGCACGCAAGACCUAUGAUGAUGCCAUCGAGGCCAUCGAGCGCCACCUCAUCCGAAAGUCCAACGGCGGUCUGACAUUCAUCGGUGAGUGGAAGAACGGACACCUGGAGAGGAAGAUGGGCCACCUGGCCUGCUUCGCCGGCGGCAUGUUUGCUCUGGGUGCCGACGGCUCGCCGGACGACAAGGCGGGUCACUAUCUGCAGCUCGGUGCCGAGAUCGCUCACACCUGCCACGAGUCUUACGACAGGACAGUCCUGAAGCUGGGCCCAGAAGCCUUCAAGUUCGACAGCGGCCUGGAGGCGGUGGCCGUACGGCAGAACGAGAAGUACUACAUCCUACGGCCGGAGGUCAUCGAGACCUACUGGUACAUGUGGAGGUUCACCCACGACCCCAAAUACCGGCAGUGGGGCUGGGAGGCAGCAAAGGCCAUCGAUAAGUACUGCCGGGUGAGCGGAGGCUUCUCUGGAGUGAAGGACGUCUACUCGUCCAACCCGACCUACGAUGACGUGCAGCAGAGCUUCUUCUUGGCCGAGACGCUCAAGUAUCUGUACCUGUUGUUCUCCACAGACGACCUGAUGCCGUUUGAGAGCUGGGUUUUUAACACGGAGGCCCACCCGCUUCCCGUCCUCCACCUGGGCAACAUCACUCUGCCCGGCAGCGAAAAUGCUAAGCGAUAGACCCACACGCCCGCCUCCUCCUCCUCCUCCUCCUCCUCCUCCUCCUCCUCCACAGCACCAGGGGGCACCACCUUUCUGCUCACCUGACUGAUCGCCCAGAAACCCAGCCACCCAAACACCAGACACACUUCCAUUGGAACUCUUUCUCUGCGUUUGGACUGCAGACAUGAGCCAGAGGAGACGGAGACACCGCUGCCCAGAGGAAAGGACUGACCCUCUGGAUCUCCCUCCUCCUCUUCUUCUUCUUAUGUGUCCUUCUCUUUAAAUCUCACUAUAGAUCAGUGUCUUCAUUGCUUAAACAGACAGACGGUGGGUGUGCUGCUCAGCCUGUUACUGGCUCUGAAUCAAGGAGCUCCAUCCAAACAAGAAGCUUGAUUUUUUAUUUUUAUUUUUUAUUAUUUGACCAAACGUUCUCCAUGCAGACUCACACUGAGGCCCUAAGAGACGCUGAAGGAUUACGCGGAGAGACACUUUGACUUGUUUUUUUCCCACGCUAACGGAGUAAUGGACUUUCACAGGGUCUGUUAAUGGGACAUAAUUAUUUUUUUUGGUUUUAGACAAAGCAUUAAUGGAGACACAGGGUCGUAUCAAAGCCCGCCGCGUCUCCCUGACUGAGCCUGUUUCCGGUUUGAUCUUCAUCAGAUGGACCAAGGCCUGAAACUGUAAUCAGGUCGCCUCCUGACCAGCAGGUGGUGACAGCAGUGACCGCCUAAGCUAAAGCUUAUUUUUUUUUUCUCUGUUACGUUAACCUGUUAUAAUAGAGAAAUUAAUCACACCAAGACAGCAGCAGGCCUCUACAUACCAGUCUCUGUCCCAGCCUGUAAAACCAUUCUGCUGCUGCUUGACUGCAUGCUGCUUUUUCAUCGGUUUUCUACAGUUUUCCUAUCAUGACGUCCCUUUUUUUUUCCUUUUUUCUUCUCCUCCCUCCAUCCUCUGUUGGAUCUCCUCGUUUCCUACGUUCUCUCAGUACAGAUUCCUUUCCAGGUUGCACAUCAUGAGACCAUGCUUUGGUAUAUGUGUUUGUGUUGGUGGCUCUGCUGUAAAUCAUUUCUUUGUGCACUUUGUAUGGGAAGAGUCUACGCAAGGAAAAAAAAAAAAAAAAAAGCGGUGUAGCACUGAAAGAGGUGAAUAAAGGAUGCCUCAGUGCAGAGCCCUCAUGUACCAUUUUCUGUGUCCCUCCGCCAUGUACGUGUUGGCUGCAUCACCCGUUGGAUCUUCUUUGGUUUGAUUUUAACCUCAACCUCUUCAAACCCUCAGAUGAAGUAGCUUCGAGUUUCUAACAGAUGCUUAAAAUGCAUAAAAAACUUUUUUAAAUUGUACAAAAUAUAGUUAAUAUCUCCAGAACAUUUGAAGUAUUUUUCCUCUAAGGGUUUUUAACAUGCCCUAUAAAAAGCUAAAGGCCAUAUAUUGUUGUUUUUGCAGCUUUUUCCUUUCUGGUAGCUCGCUAUAGUCAUUUCCGUGUUCAAAAUGAAGAAACAUUGCAAAGAGUUGUAUACAGAACAGCGAACUCAGGCAACGGUGAUAGGAUGGCAAUGUCUCCAGCUCAAAUGUGAGCUCAGAAGGUGAAGAUGUGGCUUGGAGAUCCAGUAGCCUGGCACCCUACUCAAUGGAUUAAAAGCACUUUGCCACAGUAACAAGUGACAAAAUGUGAUGAAAAUUGUAAAAUUAAAACUCUGGCAUUGAAGUAAACCUAAUUUCUGUCCUAGUUCAGAAGGUAAUUGUUACUCAGGUGUCCAAGCACUUCUCUCCCAACUACCCAGUCACCAGGAUGCUUUAAAUUGCCAAACGAUUCAGUGGUUGUAUAAAACCCGGCUGCAGUGAAGGGGGACAGCCGUACGUCCCACUUUUCUACAGAUAAUCGGUGUUUUAGUUUUAAAGGUUUAACUCGACCACAGCAGUGUAGCUGGUAAAGCAUUAGUCCUUGGUCCCCUUCAGCCAUGUGAGCUUUUAAGGCCUUUCUGCUUUAAAAUGAUUUUUUUCUCAAGCCGCCACUCAGCCCUGAAAUCAAAAGCUUGAUGCUAAGGCUUCAUGUGUAGUGGCUAGAAGAACCGUCUGAACGCUGAUUUACAGUGUGGUGGGACCCUGUCCCCUCAGCUCUGGGCUGAUGCCUCCCUGUUGAUGCCGUGGGGACCAGAAAGUGUUUUGAUAAUAGAUCUUUGAGGAAAUCCAGAGCUUGUACCGUCUGUUUCCUCUGUUCCAGUGUGUUUAUGUAAGAAAGGACUUUUUCAGGUGUUUGUUUACAGCAGGCAGUCUGCCUCUAUGGUUCCCUAUGACAUCAUUUAGGGAAGCCCCUCUCCAUUUUAGAGCGCCGUGUCUCCAAAGGCUCAUUAAACGUAUCGCAAUGACUUAUUUGCUUUGAAAAACCAUGGAUACGGCGCUGAUUAUUCAAUGGUUUGUUCUCUUUUAACCAUGCUUGCCCUUAAACAUGUUUACCUCUCUCUGAGAGCCCAGCACCACCACGUUAGUUCUUCCUCCUGUCAACCUGGCUGAUACUCCACUCACCUCCAAACCUCUUUAUUUUCAUCAAUUCUGUCUCGAGGGCUUUAAGCUUUUUGAUGCUCGAACCCAACUUGUUAAAACGACUCAAAAACCAAGCAGCGAGGAAACAAACAAGCGUCACAUGGAGUAAAAACAAACAAAAGAUUUGAAGCCAGCUGAUGAACAAUGUGAACGUUGGCCACAAAAGAACGAGCCGUGUUGGCGGCAGAGGGACCACAGAGGCAGGCGGGCCUAGAAUCUAUAAAUAAAAGCAGCCAGUGAACGGAAACCGGGCGACUCAUGUAACAUUUUAGUUCGGUUCUUUAUUUAAACAAACGCAGCGUUUUUCAUGUCGUCUUUCCAGUUAAAAUAAAAUGAUGAAAAGCGUUCGGGAGGCAAAGAUAUUGGGCUGAACAUGGCUGUCGUGUCCAGCUCACCGUUCUCCCUGCAGCUGGAACUACCUGCAGCGAUGAAGCAAUGUUGGGUUUUCCUCUCCUCCGUCAUAACGUCACAGCCAGUCAUCCGACCUCUACAGCUGCUCUAGUGCAGACGGUCCCAACACCGCGGCCUGGAUGUGGUUUGGGUCUCUGUGACGGAGUCCCUGCUUCGCUCAUACCGUCGCCUGCUGUGCUGCAGCAGCGCUAACCGUUCUCUUCAGGACUUUCACUUUCCGCUCCUCAUCCUCGCGCGUCACGCUGGCUACAGCUGUGCUCUAGCGUUUUUCUGGUUUAUCGCUGUGAUGUCGUCAGCUUGCUUUUGGUUUCCCUCCUGACGUUCGAGGCAUUUAAAUUCGGACUUGAAACCAGGUCGCAGUAACCAAACGGAUGCCGUCUUUUUUGCAGCCACUACAGCCGUGUCCCCGAAUGCGGUGCCUUGAAAAAGUAUUGACGCCCCCCUUUACAUUUCUUCAUGCCAUGAGCACAAGCUUUAAAGGAUUUCAUAAACCCACACAAAGUCCUGUAGAAAAUAAAACAUGGUUUUCUUGUUUUUUCUUACGGAUAAAAUGUGACGGUCAGACUCUUCACCUCGUUAUACUGAGAAUAAAUUGCAGAUGGACUUUUUCCUAAUAAGGAGACCUUCAGAGGCCAUUGGUUGCACUUGAUGGAAAAUAGUAAAGCGGCUGAAUGUGAAUGCAUGCCUCAAUUUAGAUCUUUUUUCUGGUAAAGAAGACUUUGUGUUUGGCGGUCUAUCAGUAAAAUGAAGUUUGUGUUUAUAAAGGGACAAAAUGUAGAGAAGCUCUGGGGUGUGAAUACUUUUAACAGGCUGUUCCUCCUGGUGUCGCCCCAUUAUGAGUUGGGCUCUCCUUCAGUUCCAGCUCUCAGCAUCCUUCCACAUCAUGGUGGUACCUAGAGCAGGUAGGUCCGUUCAAUGCUUGAGCAAAUGGAGCAGAGCCCAGGUUUAAACUCUGAAUCAUCCUCUCAGUUCACUUUAAACGACGCCGAGUGGAGUUUGUUUAGAAGAGCUCCCUUGACAGAGUACGCAGCAGCCCAGACAUGAUUACAUGUGUAUGAAAAACACCAAAGGCAACAUAAAAGCCGAGGAGUUCCUCUGAAAUUUAGCCCAAGCUUUUAAAUCUCCUCCAAAGCAGGAGGCGGUGUAUCGCCGUCCCACCACCACUUGUCACUGCUUCAUCCGUCCCAAAGCCGCUCUUCUUCAUGUGUGCGCUUUAUUAAAUACAUUGAUGGGGUUGAAUUAAUUACAUUUGCUCAUUAUUCAGUUCAUUGAUGCAGUACAGACUUGGCUCUCAUCGUGCUCCCCUCCCCCUCCUCCCCCGGCCGCCAUCAUCACCACCGACUACAUGAUGAGGAGGAAACCUGGGCGGCCAUCAGAUUUUGAAAACUGGGUGUUCUGUAUUUGUAUUUUUACUGAGCUACAAAGUAAGAUUAAAGUAUCUGUAAAUAUGUUUAAAACUGAGACACAUCCAAUAAAGAUGUUCUGAAACGUGA